AGUGAAUUACGACAUAUUGUGCAAAAAUCAGCACCGACAAUUUUUAACCACGUCAAUCUUGAGUUCUAACAUAAAAACAAUGGAGUUUCCACAUUUGGGAAAACACUGCUCGGAAAAAUCCUGCAACAAAUUAGAUUUUUUGCCGAUGAGCUGUGAUGCUUGUCACCUGAUAUUCUGUUCGGAUCACUUCAGUUAUGUUAACCACAAAUGCACAUCGGCUCACAAAAAAGACGUUCAGGUGCCAGCGUGUCCUUUGUGCGGUGAGCCCGUCCCAACUCCACGUGGUAUUUCUCCGGACAUGACCGUUGGUCAACACAUAGAUCAGUAUUGCAAAUCGGAUAAAACAAAAAUAUUCACGAAUAAAUGCACAUUCCGAGGUUGCAAAAAAAAGGAAUUGAUUCCUGUUCAUUGUGGUCAAUGCAAGAUGAAUUUCUGUCUCCGACAUCGCCACAUUACAGACCAUGAAUGCAAUCCAAAGGCAGCAAGGUCCAAUUUGCUUGCGAACGCUGCCAUGAAUCGUCAAUCAACAACUCAAUCAAAUCAUGUGCAAUCGGUACAGGGUGGCAUGAGCGAAGAUGAAGCAUUGGCACAUGCCUUAGCAAGGUCAAUCCAGGAAUUAGAUGAAUCUCAUGACCGAAAUCGACGUAAUCAACAACAGUCAGUGCCUUGUGGAGGUAGCAACAGUGCCAAUUCGAGCAAGGACAAAUGUUUACUCUCUUAGACUUAUUUCCUAGAUCAAAUGAUUCCACCGCUCUUAUCUUAGUUAUACUCACAAAAUUAGAUGAAUUCUUUUUCUAGACUAUGAAGAUUUUCAGAACAAAAAUGUCGCGAGUCAAUCACUUUUAUAUUUAUUGAUUGAAUUGAAAUCAUAAGCUAUUAGACUAUAGAACUUUCAUUGGUUGAGGUUGAAAAUGUGUUUUGAUUUAUCGUUUUGAUUUCAUCGUUCUUUCUUUGAUUUUUUAUUUUAAUAAAACAUAUACUUUGAAUAACAUAACAAAAGAAAACAAUACGAAAAAGUGCAGCGACUUUAUAGAAAUUUUACACAGCAAAUCAAAAAAUGCACAAUAUAGCGCAAACAAAGAUUAACAAAUGAAACGAAUUUGAAAUAUUCUAUUUUAAAUAUAUCAUACAAAUGCUGUUCUUAGUUUAUAACAUAUUAGCAAGCAAUCUUUUAUCGAGUCAAGCGAGCCCAUUCCAUAAACAUCAAUAGUUUUUGGCUUUUGUUUUUCUUGUUGUCGUUAAGUUUUCAAGUUAGUUUAUGUCAACAACUGCAAUAUCAUUUAAUCAAUCCUAUCAAAAUAUGCUUCCAGUACUAAUUUAUAUUUUCAAAUGAGUUCAAUAAAAUAGAUUUUAGACUGUUGGAAAGCACAAA